CAACCAGAACUCCUAAGUAUUUAUCAGAAACAAACUUUAAUAAAAGACAGUGAGGUAUAUAGAAAGGCCUCUUGUAAACGAAAUAAUCCCAAAGCCAUUCAGACACACCCAGAUCGAUUCUUUUCAUCACUAUGCGAUUCCUAUGUUUGCACGGCAUUGGUACUGGGAAGGCCAUUCUCGAAGCCCAAUUGUUCAUGAUCAGACGUCAACUUCCUGGUCAUGAAUUCGUCUUCUUUCAGGGAGACGUAGAGACUCCGCCCGCGCCAGGAGUCGAAAUGUUCUUUCCGGGGCCAUAUUAUUCCUACUUUACUGUUCCCUCACCAGAUGCCGUACUAGCAGCGAUUGACCGCUUGGAAGACUUUAUCGACUUGCAAGGUCCCUUUGAUGGAAUUCUUGGAUUCUCGCAAGGAGCAGCACUUGCAGCCUCAUACCUUCUACACGACUCUACACGCCAGCAUCCUAGAGAUGACUUUCGAUGUGCCGUGUUUUUCUGCGCAAUUCAAUGCUGGGAUCUAGACAGCCCAGGAUUUACACUAUCAUAUGACGGAAAGUGUCGAUCACUUGGAGGACCAUCAAGCCCCCCAAAAGUGGUGUGCUCCACAGACGAUAUUACGAGCGUAUUUGGAGCUGCCUAUCAUCCACUACUGAAGGGCAAUUGGGAUUCAGAAACGGAGCUACUGUGGCCCUUUGGAAGGUCUCCUUUGCGUUGGAGUCCCUUGGGUCGUAUCGAUAUUCCGUCCUUGCACGUCAUUGGCUCCAAAGAUAUAUACAGGGGUGAAUCCACUGUUCUGACAACGUUCUGCACAGCGGCCAAUGCUCAUGUUGUGGAGACAAGUGGCGGACAUGAGAUUUCCCGUGACCCCGCUAUGGUGCGCAAUGUGUCAAAUUUUCUGCAGACUGCCCCCAGCCUGGUGUAAGAGAUUUUGAGAGAUUUGCCUUGGGGUCUUGGUUUUCGAUGCAGUAGCCACGCAAUCCGGUAUCCCCGAGAUGUGAUGCAUCUGUGUUCCUGUUUCUUCAGACUGGCAUACGGGUACUCGCGUAGUAAUAGUGUAUGCAACUCCGGACGAGAUGCAUAGACCACAAGAUAGUGAACUGCACGAGAAUUAAUUUGGUCUUUAUAGUGGAGGAAUUGCAUACUUUCAGCCAGCACGAAUAUCUGGUACGAGUCAGAUCAUACCUCUGUUGGUUAAGAUCUUAAUGAGUGGAAGUGUAAACAAUAGUAAUUAUCAUCAACA